AAAGAAUCUCUCAUCGUUGCAUCAAGCGUCGCAAAAGAACCAUAAGUGGCUCCUUGCCUUGCCUUGCCUAUCCAUCAUGUCUCGUAAUCUAUACUAUGACAGAUCUUACAAUGCUUUCCGCGUCCCUUUCUACCGUACUCGCAGAUUUAUAUUCGGGGUAACUCUUUCGGCAAUGCUACUGAUUGCGAUUGUAGCCGUGGUGGUCACCAGGCAAAGCAGAUCGGAAGUUUUUGUGCCAGAAAGCUUGUCCGGUCCUCGUGUUCCUGAAGUUGAAGUCUCUGGCUCUACCCUUCAAGAUAACGAGGCUGAACUCGUAGCCAUACUGAUCAGACGUUAUGAUCAGUUGGGUCUUUCUUGGAGGGGAUUGUACGACGUCACAGCUCCCCAGGGCAAAGCUUUGCAAGCUGUUGCGGGUACAACUCUUUACUCUUCGUUAUUCCACCUUCGUAGCAUCCAGCGCUUUGCCCUUGGGGUCUUUUACUAUUCCACAUUUGCAGUUUCGCAUCCGUACUUGGAAGCUGAGGCCACUCGUCCCUGGGGCUCCAGCGACUUCUGGAUGACCAGUACUCCCGAGUGUGAAUGGAAAGGCAUCACGUGCGAUGCUAGUGGUCUCGUUGUAGCGAUUAACUUGUUAGGCAAUAAUCUGUCCGGAUCACUUCCACUGGAACUUGCUCUCUUGGACAAAUUGGUGAGCUUGAAUCUGGCAAACAACGAUAUAUAUGGGGAAGAGGCCAGCAACGACGUCUGGAGCUAUUUGCCAAACCUACAGGAGCUCAUAAUGGACGAUAACUAUGUUAUAGCUACCACAGGGCUACCAACUCAAAUGAAGAGCUUGGUAGCAAUUCAGAAGUUAUCCGUUUCCUACAAUCUGCUGAGGGGUAUUCUGGAUGGUGAGAUUAUCGGCAAUAUGCAGCGCCUGACGCAUCUGGAAAUUGAAUCGAACCGCAUUUCUGGCGAACUCCCCGCAGAACUUGGAGGUCUGCCCAACUUAGAGUCUUUUUACAUUCGCCAAAAUAGCCUUUCAUUCGACUUGAACAACCUGAUCAUGCUUAACCGAUGGCCAAAUGCACGAGCGUUGUGGCUCGAUCACAACCCUAUUACCGGAACGAUUCCUCCCGAGCUUGGUACUUUGACAACACUUACAUCUUUCAGCCUUACCAAUUCCACUCUAAGGGGAAGUAUUCCCACCGAAAUGGGCAAUCUGGUCAAUUUGAGGCGCUGCUGGUUAUAUAACAAUGCAUUGACUGGCACCAUCCCGGAAGCUUUGUCGGGUUGGGUUGACUUGCAAGUCUUAGAGGUGUAUGGAAAUAAUUUGGUUGGAGACAUGCCUCAAGGUAUAUGUGACACGAUUGCGGCCUCGGACUACCAGUUCAAAAACUUGUCAGCUGAUUGCACCCGUGUAGCCUGCGGUGGAUGUUGUACGGAUUGCCAGAAUAGUUAAUAUAAUCCAAUUGUUUGCCAGAAUGAA